AUGGCGAUGCGCAGGCCCAAAGCAAUUGGCACAAGUGCCAACAGAGUCCAACCCUACGGCUCCAAGCCAGGCGGGGCUGGCUUGUCAUUGAAGCUCGAUAAAAAUCUGGGACAACAUCUUUUGAGGAAUCCAGGCAUCUUGGACAAAAUUGUAACUGCAGCUGAGAUCAAAUCGACUGACACGGUGCUGGAAAUUGGGCCAGGCACGGGCAAUCUAACGAUGCGUCUGCUCCCAAUUGCAAGAAAAGUUGUCGCCCUUGAUGUUGAUGAAAGAAUGGUUGGUGAAGUGAAAAAACGCGCUAUGAGCUUGGGUUAUACAAAUUUGAAUGCUUGCUAUGGAGAUGCUUUACGGACUGAUUUCGGAACAUUUGAUGUCUGUACCGCCAACAUGCCCUACCAAAUUUCGUCCCCAUUUAUCUUCAAGCUCCUUGCUCACCGCCCUCUGUUCCGUUCGGCUGUUUUAAUGUUUCAGAAAGAAUUUGCAGAAAGGCUGUGCGCUCAGCCGAAUGAUAAGUUUUAUUGCCGCUUGGCAAUCAAUACACAGAUUUUUUGUCGAGUCGAGCGUAUUUGCCUUGUGAAAGCAGCUAACUUCUCGCCCCCCCCCAAAGUUGAUUCUAUGGUCGUUAGAUUGACCCCUAGAAAGCCUCAAUUGAAGAUUGAUUUUCGUGAGUGGGAUGGAAUGAUACGCGUUUGCUUCGGACGCAAGAGAAGAACGCUGAACAGCAACUUUACGAUAAAACCUGUUUUGCAUAUGCUGGAAUACAAUUACAAGGCUUGGUGUUCGGUCACAGGCUCCAUUCCAGAAAUUGUCGAGAUGAAGGAUUUAAUCAAAUCCGUUCUUGAAGAGGCGCAGUUAAGCGAGCGUCGGGCUGUUACAAUUAGCAUUGAAGAGUACUUCCAGCUCUUGCUCGCAUUCAACAAGAAAGGCAUUCAUUUCUGUAACAUUACGGGCGCCAACAGUGACGCCAAGAAGGACGAUCCUUUCGGAGGACUUCAAAAAGAUUGGUUUAUGAAUAUUGGAGAAGAUAUUGAAAAAGAUGAGGAAAUGGCUGAAACUUGUUGA